AUGGCAGCGUUUGGGACUGAAGUAUUGUCAGCCAAAGACUCUUACAGGUUGGUGGAAGAGCUCUCUCCAGGCCGGAGAGUUGAAAGGAACAUUGGGGUCACAGUUUGUGAUAAUAAAGGGACUCAUAUUGGUUCUCUGGCUGUGUUGCCUUUAUGUCAUCACUCCUCCUCCACCUGGAGCCCAUUACGAUGCAGAACAUCGGCUGCAGCUGUGCUGGGCCAGGGUUUCAGGGUGGAGAGCAAGUCGCGCAUCUCCCCGAGUGACCGAGGUGCCUGCAGCACCAACAAGGGCUGGAAGAAGAACCUGCGAGAUAUGGCAAGUACAGGUGUCAGCAUUCCAGAAAACCCCCAACGCCAAUGCCCAGAUGAUCAAUUUCCAAAUGAGAACCGAGUCCAAUGUAUCCCCAAAAGAAUAAGCUUCCUGUCCUUUGAGGAAGAUCUGGGCAUCAUCCUGGCCUCCUUUGCUUUACUCUUGUUUCUAGCCACAGGCCUUGUUUUAACCAUAUUCAUUAAAUACCUAGAAACUCCCAUUGUCAAAGCCAACAACCGGGACCUCUCCUUCAUCCUCUUGGUCUCCCUCAUACUCUGCUUCUUGUCCUCCAUUUUCUUCAUUGGACAACCAAGGAAAGCCACUUGUCUUCUCCGACAAACAGUGUUCAGCAUUGUCUUCUCAGUAGCCGUGUCUUCUGUGUUGGCUAAAACAAUCACAGUGGUGCUGGCCUUUCUGGCAACAAAACCGGGCAACAGUGUGAGAAGAUGGUUGGGGAAGAGCUUAGCCAACUCCAUCAUCCUUUCUUGUUCUGGUGUCCAAACUUUCAUUUGUGCAUUGUGGCUGGGAGUUUCUCCCCCAUUUCCUGACUCUGACCUGCACUCCCAGCCAGAAGUGAUCAUCCUUCAAUGCAAUGAAGGCUCAGUCACCAUGUUUUAUGUUGUCCUUGGAUACAUGGGUUUCCUAGCUGCCAUUUGCUUCACUGUAGCUUUCCUAGCCAGGAAUCUGCCUGGGGCCUUCAAUGAAGCCAAGCUGAUCACCUUCAGCAUGCUGGUCUUCUGCAGUGUUUGGGUCUCCUUCCUGCCCACCUACCUGAGCACCAAAGGGAAAUACAUGGUGGCCGUUCAGAUCUUCGCCAUCUUGGCUUCUGGUGCCGGACUCCUGGGCUGCAUCUUCUUCCCCAAAUGCUACAUUGUCAUCCUGAAACCAAAGCUGAAUACUAAGGAACAUUUAAUGAUAAAAGUAGGAAAAUGAUUGUCAGGUAUGCUUCCUUCAAAAUCCAGGAAAGAAUGACCCAAACUCGAUUUUUAUAGAGAUUAGUACUUUUACUGAAAAUGAAGCGAUCGCAACCCAGGUAAAGCUGGAACUAAGCAAAACACGCAAAAGUGCAUCUAGAAAGCAUCUCCCCCCCCUUGUCCAUCGUCCAUCAUCCAAUCCAAAGGUCUCCCAAAGGUCAGGUGGAAUCACGUCUGGCAACGUCAUCCAUCAGGAAUGUAAUGACGGUUGGUCUGACGGCUCCUUUGGAGAAUUGGUUUCGUUUCUCGAAAAGACUCCUCCUGCGUCCUUCCCCCCUUCGCCCCUCUAACUGUUCCCCCCCCCGUUUCUUAUGGCAGCUGAAGCAGUCAAAGCGGAGGCUGACAAUGAUAAUGAAAUUGUU